GUGGAGAUGUUCAGGCGAGUGCUGGGAAAGACUUUGGGCUUUGUGGGUUACACAAUCCAGUAUGGCUGCAUUGCACACUGUGCCUUCGAAUACAUUGGAGAAUUUGUAGUGUGUUCAGGUCCAUCCAUGGAGCCAACCAUCAUCAACCAUGAUGUCGUUUUCUCUGAACGGAUGAGUCGUCAUCUUUGUAAAAUACAAAAGGGUGAUAUAGUAAUUGCAAAGAGUCCCUAUGACCCGAAUAUGAACAUUUGUAAAAGGGUAAUUGGACUGGAGGGUGACAAGGUCUGCACAAGUUCCCCUUCAGAUCUGUUCAAGACCCACACAUAUGUUCCAAAAGGCCACGUAUGGCUAGAAGGUGAUAACCUUAGGAAUUCCACUGACUCAAGGAGCUACGGUCCAAUUCCCUAUGCCCUCAUCCGAGGUCGUGUUUGCUUAAAGCUCUGGCCACCACAUAGUUUUGGGACCCUGAGUGAAAGCCCAACCAAGCGGAUCAUUAAAACUCAGAGUGACUCAGAUUGACUCAUCCACUUUGUUUACACUCCAGUGGAGAUUGUCUGAAAAUAUUCCACAACUUUCAAUACCAGGUAUGAAACUCAAUCUCAAAUUGUUAUUAACUCAGCGCAGGGUACUCAUAUUUGCCCUAUCUUCUGUAUUUCCUAAAACUGUCACACAAACAAAAUAAAAGAGUUAAGAAAGAGGAAAAUGAGAAAUAACUGGAGGGGCAGAAGGAACAAAAGGGAACUGGAGUGGAGAAGAGUUGAAUAUGAGGCAGAGACUGCAAGACAGGCAGUAUCUGUUUGCUUGAUUCCUUAGUUCGUUUCAGGUUAAUUGAAUUCUUUAAAAGUGCAAAGACACGUGAAAGAGGAGAGCAGGAGAUAUGGGUAAAGAAAGGAAGAGAGCUGCCCGUCACUGGUAAUGGCAUGGUUUGUUUGUUUUCAUAUCCAUGGUAGAGAACGUGACCCAAAAGUAAAGUUGGGUCAGAUGCUGCAGCAUUACUCCGACAGCCAAAUGUCUCUCUUAGUGCUGCCUGUAGGCAAAAAUAUCUCCAUUCUAAAGAUAUACCACUAGCAGGAGCUUACUCACAAAAACCUAUACAGCCUUCAUCCCACUAAACUUUUGCUUGUUUGAUACUUAAACUAAGUUGAAGUCGCAUCAAUCACGCCGCUGCAUGAACUCAAUCAUGCUGCAGUUUUCCUCCUACUCUCUUUGCAUAUAUCUGCUCUGUUGAUAUAUUCUGUUUUCACUGUUUUCACUUUUUUCCCCCAUCCGCUCAUGUUGCCGUUAGCUGAUAAGGGAAUUGCUCCUUUCAUUGACGGAUCCUUUCAUUCUCUCUUUUAAUCAAGCCUGUUAGUACUUCUUAAUUAAGACAUCACAGUUGCGUUUGAUCACUCUUGCUCUUCUGUGUUUGUGUGUAAAAGGGAUGCAGAGAGAGAGAGUUGAGAGGAGGAGAAAGACAGUGGGUAUCCUCCACCAGUCUCUAUUCUGUGUGUGAAGAUGACUGCACAGCUUCAAUUGGGGCAGAUACACCUCCUCCAGCUCUGUUCUGCCAGCCCUUGAGGCUUGUGGUGUGUACAUCUCCCAAGCCAACAGGCGUCAACCUCCAGAGAUCCAUACUAGACAGAUGGUAUUGGAGGCUGGGUAGGAUGGCUAUCGAGCUCCCUACUGUCAGUUUGUUGUGAUGAUCACACACACCAGGCUGUCAAUACUCACAGUCCACUAAUCAAAGAGUAACUGAAAAACACAAAGACUAUUUAAAAGGCAAAACAUAACUUUUUGCUGGUUUUCAUUAAAGAAGUGAAACUAUCAGCUUCUUAAAGGAGCACUUGGGUAUUUUUUGCUUGUGUGGAUAAAGCAGCAGGACAGUGAAGCUAAAGGUUUGACAGUAACAUUAGCCUCCCUUUGGCCUUGGUGUUUUUUCCCCCUAAAGGCAGUCGACACUAUGAGUGCUUCUUCCUGCUAAUGGAGCGGGUGGGUGGGAUUAUGUGUGUGUGCGAGCUGUGAGGCCUCUGCUGUACAUACAGUACACUCACUGAGGAUCCAGAUAGAAAGCUAUGGGACCUCUAUCCUUGGGCAAGGAGUGAUGCAGGAAGGGGGGAGGGCAGGGUGACAGAAGCCUGAGUCGGACGGCCCUGACCUACAUCCCUUGUUGCUUAAUAGAGGGAUGGAGAGGGUAAUUGGAAGAUGCACAUUUGCUGUUGUGGAUAGUGUUUUCUGUCCAAAACUAGAAAGGUGUUUAUUCUGUUUGUCAACCAGAGUUGAUAAGACAAGCUUUGACUGAAGAUCACAAUGAUUUUUUGCUAUUAUUGUCUUUAAAAAAAACAUGCAUCUAAUGGCUGCAUUACAGAUGCAAACUAAAGUAUGUGAAUCUGUCUUUAACUCUGAUGGUCAGUCAAUUAAUCAGUGAGUUGAUGUGUGCUUGUGAGUCAAAAUAAGGUACACCGUGCAUGUGUGUGUUUGUGUGUAUGUGGUCCCCCUGGCAUGUCCUGGAUCCCGUAGCAGGAUAUGCAGCCCUUUCUGCCUGGUUUACUGAUGGGGGCUGUUCGGCUUCCAGACAAUUUAGCAAAGGAAACUCUGUGCAACAAACAUAAACAGACAGAGACUGAUCCAGGCAAUAACGGGGAGAGCACACACACAAAAGAAACACACAAACACACACAGAAGUGACACAUGUGUGCACACAUGGGGUGCUGUAUAAAAAAGCUCAGAUGUGAUUCCGGAUAGCUACUUCUCAACUUUCUGUGCUGUCGCCUCUUCAAACCGAGAAGCAAAACUCCUUGACAUACUACCCGAGCCCUGUCUUGUAUUUUCUCACUGCUUCCCCAUUUUCUGUCUACAAGCUGAAGAUUCUCCUUCUCCGGAUUAGAGCUCGCAGCCUUUCUUUCUCUCAACAAGCAGUGCAUUUGCCCCUAAGGUAGAGGAGGAUGGGGCAAAGAAAGAGAGGAGAGAAAGAAAGGGAGAAAAAAAGAGAGAGAGGGUCGGGAUGGAAAACAACUUAGAUCCUUAGAGCGGGGCAUGGGCCCGAGUGGUGAUGGAGAGCUGGCAUGGGGAAGCAGAGCAUUGCGUGCGUGUGUGUUUGUGUUCCUCUUCGGUCACUGUAGUUCAAAAGCUGAACUGUGUCCAAGCCUUGGUAAUGAUGCAGCCGGCCACAACAGACUACAAUAACCAACAGUCUAUUGCUGGCCAAUUACUGUCUGCCACAAUUAUAUUUCCAAUUCAGAGGUAACAAGGGAAAGUGGCCCAACUCAACUAAUCAUUUCGAGCAAUUACUUUUAAAACUAAUUAGAAUGUCAGGUUUGGCUGUGCGUGCCUAAGCUUGGGGGAGGUUUUUGUUUGUGUUUUUGUUGCUGUUUUCACUUUGUCAAAUGGGUGGACUUGAAAGGAGAGAGCAGGAGGAGGGGGCAAUAUCAGCAACAGCGCAAGCCAAACAUCAACCACGGCCAUGGAUUGAGAGACUUGGUCAUUAUGGGAGUUUUGUGAGUUCGGGGAAUCCGUUGUGUAAGAGAAAAUGCGGUGUUCGUUCCGUUGAUGCCAGGCACUUUUGGUAGACUGGUAAAAUGAGUUCUUGGUGAUGUCAGCUGAAAUGCUGUGAGAGAGCGAACAGACCACAGAUCUGUGGAGCCUCUGACCUGAAGAGAGGGAGAGGGGAAGGGAACAUAAAAAAGACUUUUCUUGAAUUCACCAGAAGCUGAAUGAAAAGGGGAAUUCUGAGGAGUAGCACUGCAACAAUCAUGUGUGUAGAGAAGAUAAAAAAAGCAUACAUUUCUGAUAUAGACAGAGCAAUAAUAUAGUAUUAUUGCUGAUUGAUGGAUUACAUAAACUGGAAAGAUUUUGCUUCAAACAUGAGCAAACUAGUUUGUUUGAUUUCAUGCACUUAUUUAUACUUGCUUAUACAACAUUGUGAUUAAUAAACACUGCGGUUAAUGUAUGUAUUUGUUCAAACAGAUAUUGUGGCAUUGAUUUAAACUACAUUAACACUAUGGAAUAAACCAAAAACACAAUUUCAUCAAAUGCAUCCAUUUAAAUGUGCAAUAUCAAUAUUUUCCAAGAAAUAGAAUAUCCUUUGUGCAAUACUGUAAAUUUCCAUAUUGAGUGUUUGCAAUAUCUGAAUUACAGAGGAGUCAGUACAACAUCAACCAUACUUAUGAAGAUUAUUUUGGUUUUUCGACUGAUGUCACCAUUUCUUGCACUAUUCCCUUUGCUGCUGUAACACUGCACAUUAUCCUGCUGUGGGAUUAAUACAGGCUUAUCUUAUCUUAAACCCUGAGAUUCAAGAGUUACAUCUAAAGUUUAUUGAAAAUAAAAAUGAUAUUUUGAACUCAAGAAAACUGUGACUCAGGUUCUGUUUAAUAUGCAGCAGGUGUGUUGAUAAACGGUGUUUUAGGAAAUUGUGCGAUCAAAUCAAGCAUCUCAUGCCAUGAAGUGAAUGAUUUAAGAAACUAAGAGAUGUAAUGGACAUGCUCCAACCAAGUGAAGCAGUCUGAAGGAGAAUUAUAUGAUAGCAUACCAGUGUAUGUGGGUGCAUUUAGUGUGUGCGUGUGCAUGUGUGUGUGUGUGUGUGUGUGUGUGUGGGUGUGUGUGUGCAUCAAAGUUUCCAAUCGGAAAAUCUGCAAGAUGGGCUGUGUUAUAUAUUUUAUGAGUCUUGGGGUUUCUUUUUAUACCAUACCAUUCUUAGACACGCAAAUACCUGAUAUACAUACAGCUGGUUAAGACACCCACUUACACACGCGGUGACUUGUAAAUGUAAAAAGCUUGCUUUUAAAGAAGUGGAUGGUCCACCUUAGUGAAACUGAUUCAUCCAGUAAUGCACAUGGGGUCAUGACAACUCACGCAAGUGUAGUGACACGUUAUUUAAUGUAAAUAACUCCUGCGUUAACAGUGACCUUAUUUCAUGGAAUUGAUUUAGUGUAAUAACUUAUAUUCCAUCCUAACAACUGCUAAAAAUAAUGUACAUAAUUGAUACAAAGGUUAUGGUAUUAGUGGUUUCAGGCAAUGACGACAGAGACCUCGUAAACAAGAAGAAGUUGAUAUUUUCUUUUCUUUUAUUAUAGUGCAUAUGUAGUAUUUUAUAAUACACAUAACCUUCCUGGUGAUUGUGCCAUCUGUCACUGAAGGUUGUGUUAAUUAUUCUUGUCUGUCCCUUGUGUUAAUAUUUUUAUGUCCAUCAUAGCAAAUGUGUAAUACAAUUUAAAAAAAAAAAAAAUCCUAGAAAUUUGCAUUAUUCAGUGUUGGCUUUGGGUCAUGAGUGUCCAGAUACACACACACACACACACACACACACACACACACACACACACACACACACACACACACACACACACACACACACACACACGCACACACACACACACGUACAGUACACAAACAAACAAACAAGAACACACUAAAAUGCCCCUAGUAGUUGUCAUAACAGACCACCCCUGAUGGAGUGAUGUCUCAUUAAUAGACGGCUUGCAGCAACAGAAUGGCGUUACCUCUCCCACUUUUUCAGGGCCAUGGUGACAGUUCUGAUUUUAUCAACAAGCCCAUUGGAUAUGAAACAAGUCAGGAGGUUUCUGUAAGGUAUAAUUACAUUUUAGAGAGGGUGCACUUGAAGGUAUGGCAGUAUAAGAAAUUGUCAUCGGCCAACGGAAUUAAAGCCUUUAUGCUCUUAUGUAAAGAAAACAACCAUUUCCCCCUGUUAUGCACUGCAAGUGGAUGUUUAAGCAGUUUAGCCAGAGUAUUCCCAAUAUGAGGCUUAAAGCGAUGUUGAAGAAAACAUACUUCAGUUGUGAGUUCUUGGAUGGAUGUGGACAUUUGGUAAAUGCUGAAUUUCCACAAAUGCACAUAAUUAUAUCCAGUUGCUGCCUCUGCAGUAUUCUAGCUUCUGUACUAUGACCUGUAGAAAUGAAACAUCAAAUACUGUACAUACACAAAUAUUCCAACAGUCUAACUGAUUCUUUUUUAAGUUGAUAAAUCUAAGUCAUUUAAUGCAUUUACUUAAAAUUUAUAUGAACAUCAGAAAAGUUAAUACCUAAGUAAAUACUUUGAGGUAAUUCUUAUUUAUACACAGAUUUGUGAAUGGAACUCAAAUGCACUUCCACUGAAAUGCCUCUUGUUUUUACACAGUUCAGCCAAUUUAUAUUGGGCUAUUUAUUGUUCCACAAAAGGACAGUUUGUAGCAACACAUCAUUAAAAAAAAAUCUUUAACACGAUUAACAAAAAACAUAAUUGGAAACAUUAAAGGAGCUGCUACUACUGUGUGAAUGCAAUACAUUAUACAAUGAAAGGUCUGUGUGAUGAAAAAAAUACUAAACCAUGAAAUAAAUGGCUGAAGCUGUCAAUGGGCAGUUCAUAUUUGGGAGUGAUCAAUGCACAUAUAGAAACCUUUUGCAAAUAUUUGCCCUUUGUGUUUGCUACCUAAUUGGAAAAUUGCAGUUGGGAAUUUGUAUUUCUAAUGUGAAUGGAGAAAUACAUAAAUACAUUGCAUUUAACGUAGGGCAUUAUCUGAUUUUCUGUUGUCUACUAGAGUCUUCAUGUGGACAUUUUUCAUCAAUUUAUUGUUUAGAAUAUUAGUCACAGAGGUGUUUGUUCUUUCUUCUGUGCAGCUUUUUUUUCAAGCAGUGAUGGAUGAAUGAUUUAGACUCAAAGUUACAAAUUAAACAAAUUGAGAGGGGGAAUGCACUUUAUUCUCAUAACAAUUUGUUUCAUGUGAUUGCACAGUCAUGUAAUUAUCAUUGUGGUAAUUACUAAUUAGGUAAAAAGGGAUCCGCAAUUGUUAUUAUUUCUUAUCUAUUGCUCUGGGGGCAGAGAUGGAAAAAUAGUUGGAGAGAACAUUCCAAUGUUUAUUUACUACUUUUGUGCUGCUUGUUGUCCUUGCUGAUCCGCAAUUAGCUGACCCAUUAAAAUGCCUUACUAUUCACAAUUACACAUCUGUAAUUGAUGUUUUUCUCCGGUUCCCUUGACCAGUCCUUGUCCGAACAUCAUGCCCAUUAUGUUCACUGUUAGGAUCUACAGGCUGCGGAUUUUGUCCAGAAUUUUCCUUCGGUGGGCAAACUGUGACGGGGGAGAAAUCGAGAUGGAAGAAAGAGAGACACGUAGAGAGGAGGGGCAGCAGCAACCAAAAGUGGGAAAAGAGGAGAGGUACUUUGAUUGACAGUUGUCUGGCCUGGUGCCUGCUGAGGUUGUUCCCCCCGCCGACUGCUAUUAUCAGCUGAAGGACUUCCCCAUCGCCUUGGCAGCAACUGUGUCACCCCUCUCCCCUGGAGGAUGCUAUCCCAUUUGGGAGGAGAUGAAUAGGGGUCCCCUCACCCUGUAUGAGGUCUCUGUGGACAGAAUCUUUACAGAGGGAGCGCAGUGGAGUAAACAGACUUUAUGUCAACACCAGCAUCUCUGACAAAAAAAAAAAAAAAAAAAAAACAAAAACGUGCUUCUUGUAUUACUUGAGUUUCAAACUGGUCCAUUUGGGGAUCUUGUGUGUGAUAUGACUGUUGUGAAAGAAUGAUCCAUCUAAAUAACUGUCCUCCACUUUUGAAAUAUUUUCAGAUUGAUUCUGAUUUAAACAACACAUCUAAAUAUGACACGUGAGUUUUUGACUUGGAUUUAUUGAUUUUCCACCUGUGGAUCUACAGCAGUGCUAUUUUUAGCUGUUGUUCAGAAACAGGAAUUGCAGAUAAGAUAAGAUAAGAUAAAGAUAAAGUUCUUUAUUUCUCCCCACUCCAGGGGAAAUUUACAUUGUUACAGCAGUUUUAUUUACAAUAUAUACAAGGGUGGCAAAAUUUUUAACAGAAAAAAUAAAAAUAAAAAUAAAGUUUAAAAGUGCAAAGAUGUGCAGUGCAAGAAUGUCUGUGCAAAUUUUAUGGUUUGGGGUGGUAAUGAUAUAGUCCAGUUUAUGUUAACAUCAGCCAGUGAUGCUGAUGUUGUAAAGUCUUAUAGCAGAUGGGAUGAAGGACCAGCACUUGUCUGUCAGUAUUUGAUUUUGCUUAAAAGGUAUGACAUCUUGAUGUUGAAAUAAAUUGUGGUGAGAAUCUGUGACUGUGCAGUAGCAGAUCUGCCCUGUGUACAUUUGUGUAUCGACAGAUGAAUUAUUGAGGUAUAAAUUCAACAUCUUUUAAAAAAUGCUGGGUAUUAGUCAUUCACUUCUGUUAAUUGAAAACUAUCAGUGAUUUUGACAAGUAAACGAUGGAGCAGCUUGUCAUGACAUUUGUCCCCACUUCAGCAUUUAAAGCUGCGUGUCUGAGAGUAUUUGAGGUGCACGGUUAAUUUCUAAAGGAAUGCAGACAGCUCACAGACAACACACAGACAGCUGCACUGUUAGGUGAUUGGCAUGUUCAAUGUACUGUGUGUAAUACAAGUAAAUCCUUCACUUAGGCAGGUGUGUGUGUGUGUCAUAGAGAGAAAGAGAAAACACCAGGAGAUGCAGAAAGAAAGAAAGUGUGUGCAGGUGUCAUGGACGGGUUUAUUAAAUUUUGUUCUUCUGACAACAUCCCUGCAGCUGUGGGUGUGGAGAGCCUCUUGACUCGCUCUUAAAUUUACAUGUGUUGUUCUUUCUGACUCUCAGAUCAGCAGUGAACAGGCCACCAGGAGGGAAAAAAUCCGAGGCAGGCUGCAUGUGAGUGCAGACGCCUACAGUUUGUAACCCGUGUCCAAUAUUGUCACAUAUAUGAUUUUCUUCUAUUAAAGAGCCAUCUGGGUAAA